AACAUGCAUUUUCCAUGGUCCUUCACAAAUUGGACCAUGUCUCAUUACUUAAAUCCAUUCUUCUCAAACGUUUCCAAAACACAAAGGAAAAUUAACAUAAAGAAACAACCUCUCUCUUUCUCUCCUCUUUCCCUCACAUUUCCUUCCAAAACACACAUUUAUAACCCUCCACUUCUUUCCCGUUUCAUUUUUCCAUCAACCCUUCACUUCCCAAGAUUCCUCAGCCCCAAAAGUACCCUAUACACUGUUUUCAACCUUUUGGAGCAAAUUAGCUACAUGGGUUUUAAAAGAGGUCUACUAUACCGUGAUCAAGUUAAGUCACCACAUCAAAUUUUAUAUCUUUGAACUUGUAUCAGUCAUAUUUGAUUGUGAUUCUCUACGAUAUCAAAAAACAUGACACAAUUGUCAUCAGAAUCGUAAACAUUGCUAGUUAUCAUAGAGGCGAUGUCUCGUAUUCUAGAAAUAACCAUUUUGAAUGCAGAAAACCUCCAUAUGAAUAAAAACUCCAUAAAUAAAAAUGCAUUUGUUUCUCUUAAGUGUGAUUCAAGCAAUGAAAUUUGUUACUCCACCAAAGAAAAUUCAGAAGAAUGUGGUGGUGGAAGCUGUCUUGCAUGGAAUGAGACCCUUGUAAUGGAGGCGCCAUUGAAUGCAAGGUAUAUAAUAGCUGAUGUGAAAUGCAAAACAUCAUGGGGGAAUAUUAAAACUGUUGGAAUGGCCAGAAUACCAGUGUCAGAUUUGUAUUUGCAAGAUGAUCAAGUGCAAUUUUUGAGUUAUAGGUUAUGGGACAGUAGGGUUAGGAGAAAUGGUGUUAUCAAUAUUUCAGUGACAGUAAAAGUGAUGGAAUAUUCUAAUCCGGUGACCGGAAUUCCGGUGGCUGGUGAUAACGGUUCUGAUGGGGUUGUAACGGGGAUUCCAGUUUGGUUAAGCAACAUUCAAAGGGAUUGUUAAUUUGCUAGUAAUAUUAGUAUAUGUUUGGUAUCACAACAAAAUUUCGGUAAAACUCAAAUUGUAUACGUUAUCCUGAAUUGGAGCAAAAAAGAAAAAGAACAUGUAUUUUCUGAUUUGACUCCCUUGGAACAGGCAUAAUAAAGAGCAAAACCAAAUAAUCACCAAAAUGAAAAUGACAACUGAGGCAAGUAUAUAUAUAAAUCAUGAUUUGUUCAA